AUGCCAAUCGAUCUCGAGAUACCCGUCUUCUCGCCAUCCUCCGCGCUGCACGCCCAGGCCCUCGGCGCGCAGCGCAUCGAGCUCAACGCAAAGGGGAGCUACGGCGUGGGCGGGACGACCCCGACGCUGGACGACCUGAAAGGCGUCACGAAGUGGCUCUACCUCCCCGUGCGUGUCAUGAUCCGACCGCGCGGGAAGCCGGAGGGUUCAUCCGACUUCAUCUACUCCGAGGACGAAUUCGCGACGAUGCUAAGGGACGUCGAGGCAUUCCGCGAAGCGCUGCGGAAAGACCGCGGCGACGGCUUCGUUUUUGGGAUCCUGAAGAAUUCGGAACUUGACGGGCACGAGGUGGUCGAUGUGGAGCGGAAUAGGAGGCUGGUGGAGGCGGCGGGGGGUUUGCCGUGCUCGUUCCACCGGGCUUUCGACGAGGUCAUCCGCGACGGGGUGCGCGAGACGGUCGAGCGGGGCGUGAGAGAACUGGUGGAAUGUGGGUUUGCCGGGGUCCUUACCUCCGGCGGGCCGGGCAACGCCGCCGACAACAAGGCGGUGCUGGAGGAUAUCGUCAGCGCCGCUGGGCCGCAGAAACUGGAGGUUAUCGUGGGAGGCGGCGUCAGGAGCACCAACGUCGCCAAGGUGACAGACGGCUUUGGUAAGGGCGUUUGGGCGCACUCGAGCUGCUUCAAGGGGCGUGGCGAGGAAGGGGAGCUUGAUGACGAGGAGGCGAUGGGGAUUCUGGAGGUCCUCUCUCAAAGGUGA